AUGAUCAAACCCAUGGAGACCCACCAUCGGUUGGUGCUGGGGGAUGAACUUACUGCAGUGAACGUAAAGCAAGGCUUCAGUAAUCAACCUGCCUUCUCUGGAGAUGAGCAUGGAUCUGCUAGAAAUAUUGUCAUUAAUGCCUCAAAGAUUGGCGCUUACUUUAGCAGCAUAUUAGCGGAAAAGCUAAAACUUAACACUUUCCAGGACACAGGAAAGAAGAAACCACAAGUAAAUGCCAAAGACAACUACUGGCUGGUUACUGCUCGGUCUCAGAGUGCAAUUCACAACUGGUUCACAGAUUUAGCAGGAAGUAAACCACUGACUCUUUUAGCAAAAAAGGUUCCUAUUCUCAGUAAAAAAGAAGAUGUUUUUGCUUACUUAGCAAAAUAUUCUGUGCCACUGCUGCGAGCGGCAUGGCUGAUCAAAAUGACAUGUGCCUACUAUGCUGCUAUUUCUGAAGCUAAAAUCAAGAAACGCCAGGCCACUGACCCAAAUAUUGAGUGGACUCAAAUUAUAACCAGAUACCUUCGAGAGCAGCUGGCAAAGGUUGCGGAGUUUUACCAUGUGACUUCCAGCCAAGGCAACAGCUCUGUAGUGAUGCCUCAAGAGAUGGAACAAGCCCUGAAGCAGUGGGAAUAUAAUGAAAAAUUGUCAUUUUAUAUGUUUCAGGAAGGAAUGCUCGAGAGACAUGAGUAUUUGACAUGGAUACUGGAUGUUUUGGAAAAAAUCAGACCCACUGAUGAUGAUCUUCUUAAGCUGUUGUUGCCGCUAAUGUUGCAGUAUUCGGAAGAGUUUGUUCAGUCAGCUUACCUAUCCCGUCGCCUUGCUUAUUUUUGUGCCAGACGCCUAUCUUUAUUACUAAGCGAUGGUCCUAACCUUGUACCUGCACACUCUCCCCAUAUGAUUAUUGGACCGAGUAACCCUCCUCUGGCAGCCCCGAGUCCGACUGCCCCGGGUCCCGUGGUGAGCCCAGUACAGCUGGCCUGCUCGGAUUUCCUCUCCUGCCCUCAACACCGUCCACUGGUGUAUGGACUUAGUUGUAUGCUGCAGACUGUAACUCUUUGUUGCCCAAGUGCCUUGGUGUGGAAUUAUUCCACAAAUGAAAAUAAGAACGUUAAUCCAGGCUCACCUCUGGAUUUACUUCAAGUUGCUCCAUCUAGUUUACCUAUGCCAGGUGGAAAUUCAGCGUUUAAUCAGCAGGUUCGGGCAAAGAUUUAUGAAGUAGAACAGCAGAUAAAACAAAGAGGUCGUGCUGUGGAGGUGCGGUGGUCUUUUGACAAGUGCCAAGAAUCAACUGCAGGGGUGACCAUCAGCCGAGUUUUGCACACCUUAGAAGUGUUGGAUCGGCAUUGUUUUGACAGAUCAGAUUCCAGCAAUUCAAUGGAGACACUUUAUCAUAAGAUUUUCUGGGCAAAUCAGAAUAAAGAUAACCAAGAGGUAGCCCCGAAUGACGAAGCUGUGGUAACGCUGCUUUGUGAAUGGGCUGUGAGCUGUAAAAGGUCCGGUAAGCACAGGGCCAUGGCUGUAGCCAAACUCCUGGAGAAGAGGCAAGCAGAAAUUGAAGCAGAAAGAUGUGGUGAAUCUGAAGUCCUAGAUGAAAAGGAAUCUCUGUCUUCAGCCUCCUUGACAGGUUCCAGUCUUCCUGUUUUUCAGAAUGUCCUGCUAAGGUUUUUAGAUACACAAGCUCCCUCAUUAUCUGACCCAAAUAGUGACCAUGAGAAGACAGAGUUUGUGAAUUUGGUGCUGCUAUUUUCUGAAUUCACUCGGCAUGAUGUUUUCUCCCAUGAUGCGUACAUGUGCACUUUAAUAUCCCGCGGAGACUUGUCAAUCACUGCAACUACUAGACCUAAUGGGGAAACUGUGGAUGAACAAUAUUCUAAGGAUCAUGACGUGAAACUGGAGGAUCAUAGUAUUAUGGAACAAAUGGGCAUUGACUCAGGAACCACUAGUAUUUUUGAUGAUGUAGACAAGAGUGACUUUAAGGCAGAUUUUGGUUCGGAAUUUCCAAUUUUCUCUCCGAUGCCUGGGGAGUCUUGUGAGAAUGUGAACUCUUCUUUAGACAGAAGAAUUUCAGUUACCAGCGAGAAGUCAGUCAAGAGGGACAGACUGAGAGAACUGAUUUUCCCAUCCAAUUACGACCUCCUUCGCCAUUUGCAAUACGCAACACAUUUCCCUAUACCUCUGGAUGAAUCUUCAAGUCAUGAGUGUAACCAGCGCAUGAUUCUCCUUUAUGGCGUUGGCAAGGAGCGUGAUGAAGCGAGACAUCAGCUGAAGAAGAUUACCAAAGACAUCCUCAAAAUUCUGAAUAAGAAGAGUACUACUGAAAUGGGUGUUGGGGAUGAAGGGCAAAAAGCCAGGAAGACCAAACAAGAAGCAUUUCCAACCCUAGAGACCGUGUUCACAAAACUACAGCAACUGUCCUAUUUUGAUCAACAUCAGGUGACAUCUCAGAUUUCCAGCAAUGUUCUCGAACAGAUAACUAGUUUUGCCUCAGGAACAUCAUAUCAUCUUCCCUUGGCUCACCAUAUACAGCUCAUCUUUGAUCUCAUGGAGCCAGCACUGAAUAUCAAUGGACUUAUAGACUUUGCAAUACAGCUGUUGAACGAGCUGAGCGUUGUGGAGGCAGAGCUGCUGCUGAAGUCGUCCAGCCUGGCAGGAAGCUACACCACGGGGCUGUGUGUCUGCAUCGUGGCCGUCCUGCGGCGUUACCAUGCCUGCCUCAUCCUCAACUCUGAGCAAACAGCACAAGUCUUCGAAGGGUUGUGCGGGGUGGUAAAGCAUGUCGUUAAUCCCUCAGAGUGUUCCUCCCCAGAAAGGUGUAUUUUAGCUUACCUCUAUGACCUGUACGUCUCCUGUAGUCACCUGAGAAGCAAGUUUGGAGACCUCUUCAGUAGUGCCUGUUCUAAGGUGAAGCAGACGAUAUACAGCAAUGUUCAGCCUUCAAACUCCAAUUUACUGUGGGACCCGGAGUUCAUGCUAGAUUUCAUCGAGAACCCUUCUGCUCACAGCAUUAACUACUCAAUGCUGGGCAAGAUUCUGAGCGAUAACGCAGCCAACCGCUACAGCUUUGUCUGCAACGCCCUAAUGAAUGUGUGCAUGGGGCACCAAGAUGCAGGAAGGAUUAAUGACAUAGCCAACCUUUGCUCAGAGCUGACGGCGUGCUGCACGGUGCUUAGCUCAGAGUGGUUGGGGGUCGUAAAAGCUCUUUGCUGCUCUUCAAAUCAUGUCUGGGGUUUCAAUGAUCUGCUCUGCAGUGUGGAUGUGAGUGACCUGUCGUUCCACGAUUCCCUGGCCACUUUCAUUGCUAUAUUGAUCGCCCGGCAGUGCUUUUCUCUGGAAGAUGUAGUUCAGCACGUUGCACUGCCUUCUCUUCUUGCAGCUGCCUGUGGAGAUCCAGAUGCUGAGCCUGGGGCGAGGAUGACCUGUCGUCUACUCCUGCACCUCUUUAGGACACCCCAGGUCUGCCUGUUUCCCCAGGGAACAGGGAAACUAUUUCCUGGAAUUCGUUCUUCUUGUGAUCGUCACCUCUUGGCUGCUGCUCACAACAGUAUAGAAGUGGGAGCUGUGUUCGCAGUCUUAAAAGCAAUUUUGAUGCUUGGUGACGCCGAAAUCGGCAGCAACAAUGUCGACUCCUUGAAGAGCGAAGAUCUCCAUGUGAGAGGCUUAUUAGAUGAACUCAAUGAGGAUGAAAUCUGGGGUUCCUCUCACACUUUGAAGUCAUGCGGAAAAGCUGUUUCCAUAGAAACUGCUAGUUUAAGCGAGUAUGCUAGAUAUGUGCUAAGAACAAUUUGCCAGCAGGAAUGGGUUGGAGAACACUGUUUAAAAGAACCUGAGAGGCUGUGCACAGACAAAGAUCUUAUUUUGGAUCCUGUUCUUUCAAACAAACAAGCACAGAAACUCCUUCAACUUAUCUGUUAUCCUCAUGGUAUUAAAGAAUGCACCGAGGGUGACAACCCUCAGAGGCAGCACAUCAAACGCAUACUUCAGAACUUAGAUCAGUGGACUCUCCGGCAGUCUUGGUUGGAGCUGCAACUAAUGAUCAAACAGUGCAUGAAGGAGCCUGGUUCUGGGUCUGUGGCUGAAAUGAACAGCUUGUUGGAUAAUAUUGCAAAGGCGACAAUAGAGGUGUUUCAGCAAUCCGCUGAUCUAAACAAUAACUCUUCUAACUCUGGUAUAGGCCUCUUCAAUCCAAACUCUGUUGGAAAUGCUGACACAAGUAAUACAAGACAGAAUGGUAAAAAGACAUUCCUAAGUUCCUCUGAGCGGCGAGGAGUGUGGCUGGUGGCUCCCUUGAUUGCAAAACUGCCUACCUCAGUUCAAGGUAGGGUCUUGAAAGCUGCGGGAGAGGAGCUGGAGAAAGGUCAACAUUUGGGGUCCUCUUCUAAGAAGGAAAGAGAUAGACAGAAGCAAAAAAGCAUGUCUCUCUUGAGUCAGCAACCUUUCCUUUCAUUGGUACUUACUUGCCUUAAGGGACAGGAUGAGCAACGGGAAGGGCUUCUAACAUCACUGCAGAAUCAAGUUAAUCAGAUCCUUAGUAACUGGAGGGAAGAGCGGUACCAGGACGAUGUUAAAGCUAGGCAAAUGAUGCAUGAAGCCCUACAACUUCGUCUUAACUUGGUUGGUGGCAUGUUUGAUACUGUGCAGAGGAGUACCCAGUGGACCACAGACUGGGCGCUUCUGCUCCUGCAGAUAAUCACUUCAGGAACUGUUGAUAUGCAGACCAACAACGAAUUGUUCACGACCGUGCUCGAUAUGCUGGGUGUCCUCAUCAACGGGACGCUUGCCUCCGACUUGUCAAACGCGUCCCAAGGAGGGCCCGAGGAAAACAAAAGGGCUUACAUGAAUUUAGUGAAAAAAUUAAAAAAAGAGCUGGGAGACAAGCGGUCAGAAAGCAUUGACAAGGUUCGCCAGCUGCUCCCUUUGCCAAAGCAGACGUGUGACAUUAUUACUUGUGAGCCAAUGGGAUCCUUGAUCGACACCAAGGGGAACAAAAUUGCAGGAUUUGACUCCAUUGAUAAGAAACAGGGUCUUCAGGUUUCAACGAAGCAAAAGGUGUCCCCUUGGGAUUUAUUUGAAGGUCACAAAAAUCCUGCUCCUCUUUCCUGGGCAUGGUUUGGUACCGUUCGUGUCGACAGGAAAGUGAUAAAAUAUGAGGAACAGCAGCAUCUCCUCCUGUACCACACACACACCAAACCCAAGCCACGGAGUUACUACCUCGAGCCCUUGCCCCUUCCUCCAGAGGAGGAGGAGGAAGAGCCCACCACACCUGUCUCUCAGGAACCAGAAAGAAAGUCAGGAGAGCUGUCAGAUCAGGGAAAACUUAUCACGGAUGAUGAGAAGAAGACAAAAGGCAGGAAGCGAAAGUCAAAAUCAAGUUCAAGGGCUGAUGAAUAUCCACAGAAUAACUUAUAUAGAGUGCCUCCCACUUAUUCACCGAUUUCCUCUCAAAUGAUGCACCAUCCCCAGUCUGCCUUGUGGGGUUACAACAUCAUGGGACAGCCGCCGCAGCCCAGCUUCUUUGUGCAGAACCAGCCCCUCCCACCAGGUGGUUCCAGGCUGGAUCCGACAGGCUCCUUUGUUCCAACGAACACGAAGCAAGCCCUGUCGAACAUGCUGCAGCGGCGCUCUGGCACCAUGAUGCAGCCCCCCUCUAUCCAUGCCAUCACGCCUCAGCAGCAGUUGCUCCAGAUGAAACUCCUGCAGCAAGAGCAGCAGCAGCAGCAGCGGCUCCUCAGGCAGCAAGCACAGUCACGGUCUCUCCAACAGGAUGUCUGUAGCACUGCUGUAUCCCUUCAGGAUGGCUUUGACAACAUAAUGGGUCAGCCGAUGGACCAAGCUGCUAUUUUCACUCCACAAGUCCGACCCCCGUCUCAGCUUCCACAGUACCCAGGGUUACAGCAAGCACAGAGCAUGCCUCACGGAUACACCAUGUACAGCACUCAGAUGCCUUUGCAGCAGCAGCAGCCCGGCGGCGUGGUGCUUUCCCCCAGCUACACCCCCAGGACCUACCCCGCGGCCCACUCCAGCCCCGCGCUGGCCGAGAGGCUGCGGCAGAUGCAGCAGCAGCCCGGCGGGUACAUCCAGCAGCAGGCUGCUGCCUACAUCCAGCCUCUGGCAGGCACCCCCCGGCUGAGCCAUCAGCCUUUGCAGCCGAAUUCUCUGGUUGGAGGGGGACUGGACAGUCCAUCGCCGGCGGGUCCUCAUCCGGCCCUGAGCGCGGUGCCGCUGCCUCCGGAGCCCGUCAGACAGAGACAGCAGCAGAUGCGGCAGCAGAGGCUCUUCCAGUUGCAGCAGCAGCAGGGGCAGCAGCAGGCGCUUGGUCUCCAGCCCGUGCAACCGCAGCAGCCUUUGUUCCCAAGACAAGGCUUACAGCAGACACAGCAGCAGCAGCAGACAGCGGCGCUGGUCAGGCAGCUCCAGAAGCAGCUCUCUAGUAACCAGCCACAACAAGGAGUGAACCAGUUCGGGCAUCCUUCACACUUCUGAAUCAGCGAUGGAAGGGAGACGUCAUGUUACGUUUGCACUGAAGAACAGAACAUUCAAAAUUCAAUGCACUAGUUAUUGCUAGAAAGCAAACUUUAGUUUUCUUCUCUUAUUAUUUCCAUAAUUAUUUUUCGUGCUGCAGUUGAUGUGAAUAUGUAACAAGGUGGGUUUUUUGGGUUUGGGAUUUUUUUUUUGCCUUUAACUAGAUUUAAAUGUAUGGACUUGUGGGUCUAUUUGAAGAAUGUUAUUGCAGAUUUUAUGAAUUUGGUGCUUUUUAGGUCCUGUUAAUUUUAAAGAGGACAAAGAAUGCUGGAUUUAUUUAUUUGUGGGAAACACUUUUUUGGGUUUGUUGAUUUUUUUAUUUUAUUUUAUUUUUUGGUUAAAGAACUGCACUGGACCAAACUGCUGAACUGAAAGGCACUUCCGAUUUUGGCAUAGAAGUUAAUUUGUUCAUUAAAAUGUUCACCCUUUCUUUGUUGGUAGAACAAGCAUCAGUUUAAAUUGUGUUUAUUUGACUGUAAUUUUCAUAUGCACUUUAUAAAGUUCCUUGUUUAAAGUACCAAUUUUCUCUUGCUCUCAUUGUGGUAAGAAGGUGCUGAGUGGGUUUAUUGCUUGUAUUAGAACUUCUUAAAGUUUAUAUUAAAAGCCACAAUGUAAUGUUAAUAAAGC